AUGAUCCCUGCUAUCAAGAAUGCUGGAACAGGCGCGUGGAGAAAUCCCGCCUCUCUAGAACACACAACAGUAUUUGAUCAUAAGGUUGCUGCAAAGACCGCUGAAGAUUUAUUAAGCAAGCAUUCGGAGCAGCCAGCAAAGAAAAAACCAAGAACUGUAGCGUCUAACAAAGCAGAUCAGUUAUUUGUUGAAGAUGGUAAGUCCUAAACAAAUUUGUUUAAUCUUUUCCCCUCUGUGAUAAUUGUUAAAAAAGAACCCUGAGCUCGAGGCUGUUUCUCAAAAGUUCUGGAGCUCAUUGGUUUGCGAUAAAGAUUGAAAUUUUCUUUGAAGAAAAGAAGAAAAGAACAUGCCCUUCAAUUUGGUUAAACGGGGUAGAAGUAUCCGGAAAACACACUUUCUACGACACAAAAUUAAGGUGAUCGUGGGCAAAACAUCAAAACAUAGACAGCGUUUGUAUGGCAGAAAAAUCUGGACUUAGAAAACUGGCCGCUUAAUACAUAACCGCUCAAGGAUUAGAUCCAAGGAAUAGAUAAAAAAAAAGUUACUGAAGGGAAAAAUUUUCUAGCAAUUAAGUGGUUCUGAAAAAUCAAAAAACCCGGCAACCUUUGGGUUGGUGGCAUUAACCCCUUCCCCUUGCUCUCCCCUGGGAUAGGCUAAUUAAACACGAAUUGACCUUCAUCUUUAGAAGUUGAUGGGUUUUUUUAAUAAGAUAUCAUCUAGUCCCGCAACAGAGUACUAAAAGAUAGAUGGAACGUAUGAAAAGAACCAGGUAGUAGUCUCAUAGGCCAUCAGAGGAAAUCUCUGACUUACGAUUCUUCAAGGGUGAAGGUGAAUAAUCUCUGAGCGUUGUACAGGCUAUAUAUUUCAACACUAAUUUCUUACAUUCCACGCUGUUGUUUUUCUAUAACCACACAGAAAACCCGAUUUCGUCAAAAGCAGAUGAAACAGACGAAAAGCAUAGAGAGAACAAGGUAGUAGAUUCAUUGGCCAUGAGAGAAAAUCCAUCCCUCUGACGCGGCUUCAGAUAUUUCAGGGUUAAAGUUAGAUAAUUUUCUUAGCGUGGAUCAGGCUAUCUACUUCAACACCAAUUUCUCUCAUUACCUUUUAUUUCUAUACCCACACAGACAUUCCGAUUUCGUCAAAAGCUGGUGAAGGAAAAUCUCAACUCCCCCGACAGGAAGAAGUUCCUAGUGAGGUCAAGGAAAACCAGGCCCAGAAAAAUCGUAAGUUAACGCCUUCUGCCAUGUACGCCUUUAGCAGCAUCGUUAGUAGCUCCAUUGAAACAUGAUCCGCUCAGCUCAGUAAUGUGCUCCGAAUUUCGAGAUGUCUAUGGAUUCCAUCAAAAUAAAAAAUGUGACAAAUCAAAUGAAAGCUACCAAGCAAAACUAUUUGAUGUGGUGUUAUAUAUUAUGCAGUACCAAAUUAUUAUACUAUUUGUGUCUGUGUGUAAAAUCCUAAAAUAACGUAAAGUUCCGAUUAGUAAAUAGAUUCCUGCUCCUGAGUAAAUCCUGAAAAUAACCAUCCCCGGAAAUAAUGGCGAUCAAUUCUUUUAUUUUGUUCUUAUAAGCAGAGACUGGAAGAAACGCUUUCGCGGUUACACCAACAAAUGAAUGCAAACAAUACAAACGUUUGUUUUCCUUACUUAAACUAGGCUCUGGAUCUUUAAUACAUAAUAUUAUGUUGCCGCGGCUAAUCCAAACUUUGCUAGGUUUAUUUUUUUUUUGUCGUUAACUGUAUUUCAGUGUGGUAAAAUACUGUCUCUAAUUCCCUCUCUUUUUAAAUCACUCCCCACACUACUUUCUGUAACCAGGAAUUAAACUAACAGCUUUUAUAUAACAAUUCAUAUGGAGAACUCGAGAUUUUAUCAGCAGAUAGGAUAGAAAAACAAUAGUAAACUUUAGCCCCUUCUUAUUUUGUCACAAAUAUGGGAAACUUUCUAGUGAUUUCAUCAAGCAGAUUUAUUGGUUGGGACCACUGUUUCUGUCAGGCAAUCGAAAAGCUGAAUACUCGCUUAACAGAGAAAAUUCUUCUCUUUUGGUUUCAGACGAUGAAGACCUUGAAAAUCAAAAGAUGCCAUUUGGCGUUCCAGAUGAAAUUGCCAUAAUAUUAGAAGAACACCUGGAGAAAAACGAAGGUGACACUAAUGAAAAAAUUUGGCCCACCAUUUGGGAUUUUGCUGGACAGGACAUUUACCGUGCUAUACAUCCAAUCUUUAUGUCCUCGGAUGACAUUUAUCUUCUCGUGUUUGAUCUUACAAAGAGACUGAGUGAAAAAGCAGAAUGUAGAGUGAAUAUGGGAUACAAAGAGCACCCUGCAGCAGCCCGCGAUGGUGAAGACACUAAUUUGGAUCACUUAUUAAGGUGGAUGGACUUGAUUCACUCUUUAAAGAAGGGUUCUCUCAGCGAUGAUCUUUCAUGUCCCCCAGUCAUACUUGUCGGUACCCAUGCUGACUGUGUAGACGAUCCACGUAAACAAAUUAAUUCUUUAGCAGAAGGGAAGUGUUCAGUUGUGUUUGAUGAGGACACUUAUUUACCACACAUUGCAGAUUAUCUUCCGAUUGAUAACACAAAAUCUGGAAAAUCAACCGACCAGGAGGAAAUCACUGGGUUGCGAAAAAAGAUCUUAGAGUUGGCCGAUAAAAUGCCUCAUACCAAGAGAAAAAUCCCUUUGCAAUGGCAUCGUGUUGAGAAAGAAAUUUGCCAACCCGUCUGGCAACAAGAAAAGUAUCUUCUGCUGGAAUCCUUUCGAGAAAAGAUUGUUUCACGCUACUGCACGUUUGAGGAUGAGGGCGACUUUGAUGAGCUUGUGUAUUUUUUGCAUGGCCGUGGAACAAUAGUGUACCAUGAAAACGAACAUGAUAGACAGAAAGGUGGUCUGAUUGUCUUGAAUCCCCAGUGGUUAAUCAAUGUACUCUGUGAGAUUAUCAAAGUGAAACCGGAUGAUAACGAACGGUUGUGCAUAAGAAAAGAUCGUGAGAAAUUGGCAGAAGAAGGAGUUCUCCGUGAACGAUUAAUUGAUCAUACCUGUAGCAAAGAAAACGUGGGUCUUAUCAAAGACUCUCUGAUUUCUUUGAUGGAUAAGUUCAACCUCAUUUGCAAGUGGCCAGAGAAAGCAGAAGAGACAAAAAAAGGAGAAUCACAGAUCCUGGUCCCCUGUAUGCUCACUACCUUUUAUGAAGGCGAGGAAGGAAAAGAAAACGCUGCCCCGCUUUACCUCACCUUUCAAACUAAGUUGCAUGGUAUACCUGACAAGACGGCUGACCAACACGACAAACCUUUUUGA